AUGGGAAAGUCUGCAGCAUCUGAGAUCUCGCAGAAGAACACCCUGCCAGCAGACUAUCGAGCAUUUAUCCGGACAUCAAUCAACAAUGGGUGGAAGAAGCUUGACGAGUAUUACAGCAAACUAGGAGAAUCGCCUCUGUUUGCGGCCGCCAUCAUUCUGCAUCCCAGGUUCGGUCUCGGGUGGCUAGAAGCAACUUGGGUUGCGGAGGAGCAGCUAGCCUGGGUUCGCGAUGCCAAGGCGGGAAUAAAAGACUACUUUUCGCGCUGGUACAGCAGGGAACGAGAGCGACGCGAGGAGACCGGGCUGGACAACUCAGCUCGACGGACGAUGGGCCAAGAAGAUGACCAGUACACCCAAUGGAUCAACAGCAAAACGAAGAAGGCGCUUGAGAUGGGUGGCAACAACGGCGAGUUGGACAGGUAUCUUCGCCUUGAACCGCAGGAUACUCAGGAUCCUAUUCAGUGGUGGAGGGAGCAUACGUCCUCAUUCCCGUCGCUCAGCAGCUUCGCUCUAGAUGUGUUUGCUAUUCCAGCUAUGGCCAGCGAUUGCGAGAGGCAAUUCAGCCUGGCCAAGUUGACAUUGACGUCGCAGAGGCUUUCCAUGAGUGCAGAUACACUGGAGCGAGUACAGUGCCUCAAGAAUUGGGUGCGACACGGUGGUGUGAAGCUGGCGCUGGUGGAGGCGGAGCUCUCGAAUGAGUCCACGUUGCGGUUUGCCUGGUGUUUGGAGACGGAUGACGCAUUCGACGUCUGGGCGCAGUACAGUGCCGACCGCGGGAAGACUUGGCGCGGAUUGACGAUCGGACUUUGCGAUGGGUCGGCAGAGGUCGACAUCGCCGGCCUACCGGCGGGCCAGGUGCUGCUGCGGCUGCUGACGCACGACGGCUUCUCCACCGUGGCGUCGGAUACGGUAAAGAUCAAGGUACCCGAGCGCGCCCCGUACCCGGCGAUCCUGUACCCCGCCCACGGCGAGCUCGUGCCGGCGAAUGCCGAAUUCGAGGUGCUGGGGAGUGCCGUCAGCCAGGGCGGCGACCCGGUAGAUGACGAUUGCCUCGAGUGGUUCGUCGACGGAAAGUCGUUUGGCCGCGGCCGCGCCCCGACGCUGCAGGUCAAGCCGGGCGACCACAAGCUCACCUUGCGCGCCAACGCCCAGCGCGACGCCGAGGUGACGAUCGGCUUCACCGCCCGAGCGAUCGCGCGCUGA